CUUUGGCUCUUGGUCUUGGAUCAAACAAAGGAAACAGGUUCCAUAAAGCUAAGAAGCAGAGCAUUGAGAACUACACCAUCUUUGCUCUCUUCUCUUCUUUGCCUUUGUUGCCGAGGCAGAGAGAGAGAGAGAGAGACAGAGAGUUUCUGGUUUGUGUUCUUCGUCAAAAUUCCUCAUCCAAGUAAAAUUCCAUUUUUUUAUUUUUUGUUUCAACUUUAACUUUAUUCCUCAGUUCGUUGUGUUCCUCUGCCCUGGUCAUUCCUAGAAUAGUAGAAUUAUUCCCUUUUUUCAUCAGCUAAGUUUAGUCUAUGUUAUUAUCACCUCCAGAAUUGGCACAUUCUUGUGUCCCCAUUUUCUCAAAACCAUCUUUAAUCUCUCGACACUUUAUAAAGUUAAUAUUUUUAAAACGAGUUGUAGUUCUUAUACAAGUAUCAAACCACUUGAAGCAACUAGCUUGUCUUUUGUAGCUUAAGAUAUAUCAUUGGACAUGGGAAGGGUGCAAGGUGUUGAAUAUGGCUGCAGAGAUGUAGUAAUACGCAGAAUAAAGUUAGAAUGGGUAUCACAUGGGGAUAACGUUCGUGUUCAUCCAACUGGCCUAUUUGCAAGUGUUGGUCAAGCAGGGUUUGGCUUUGGUAUUUCACCAAAUCCACCACCUGCUCGAGACAAUGCCGCAAAACUCCCCUUGGCUAAUUCUUCCAUGAAGAACGAGUUGAUACCUGAUGAAUUUGGUUUUCAAACUACAACAAGGUUUCAAGGAUUUUUGUUGAGUGAUGAGCAUGAAGAAGCUGCACUUGAAGUUGAUGAGGAAGGCCUUAUGAUGAAUAAGAAAAGGAAGAAGGGGUUUAAGCUGAAGUUUAAGAUUGGGAAUCCAUCUUUGAGGAGGUUGAUAAGUGGGGCUAUUGCAGGUGCAGUGUCAAGGACUGCGGUGGCGCCAUUGGAGACCAUAAGAACACAUUUGAUGGUGGGGAGCUGCGGACGUAGUACCGUACAAGUGUUUCAGUCUAUCAUGGAAGUUGAUGGAUGGAAAGGCUUGUUCAGAGGAAAUUUUGCUAAUGUCAUCCGUGUUGCUCCAAGCAAGGCCAUUGAGCUGUUUGCUUAUGAUACAAUCAAGAAGCAAUUGUCUCCUAAACCUGGAGAGCAACCGAAAAUCCCUAUUCCCGCCUCAUUAAUUUCAGGAGCUGUUGCUGGAGUUAGCUCUACCUUAUGUACAUACCCUCUUGAGCUACUCAAAACUCGUCUAACUGUCCAGAGAGGGGUGUACAAGAACUUACUUGACGCAUUCCUGAGAAUUGUUCGUGAAGAAGGUCCUGCAGAGCUCUAUAGAGGCCUCACCCCAAGCCUAAUUGGUGUAAUCCCUUAUGCUGCUACAAACUAUCUUGCCUAUGAUACAAUGAGAAAAGCUUACAAGAAAGCUUUGAAUAAGGAAGAAAUUGGGAAUGUGAUGACCCUCUUAAUUGGAUCUGCUGCUGGUGCAUUCUCAAGCACUGCAACAUUUCCACUUGAGGUUGCUCGUAAGCAUAUGCAAGCUGGGGCUAUAAAUGGAAGGCAAUACAGUAACAUGCUUCAUGCCCUCAUGAGUAUACUCGAGAAGGAAGGGGUUGCAGGGUUGUAUAGAGGUUUGGGACCAAGCUGCUUCAAGCUAGUUCCUGCUGCAGGGAUUUCUUUCAUGUGCUAUGAAGCUUGCAAGAGAAUACUUGUUGAAAAUGAAGAGAGUUAGGAACUGAGUGGAUAGCUGCAAUUUGUUCCACAGGAUUUUUAUUGGUAUUGUUCCCUUUUUUUUUCUUCCCUUCAUUCUUUUUUGGCAGAGGAAAAGAGAAGCGAUUCUUGGUGCUAAUUGUUAGUUUUGAAGGUUUUUUCUUCCCCGCUACAUACUGGACCAUAUUAACCUCUGUGUUCCAUACGUAGACCAUAGUGAUAUUGAGCAUACUCAAUGUAUUUCAUAUCUUGGUUUUUCUUUCUCAUAAUGUUUUUCUACCCUCUCAAUACUGACAAGUUCUGUAGAAAACUAAUAGCACUUGUGCAAACUCCUUUGUGUGGAAUAACAGUUUUCAAAAUAA